AUGGAUCCGUCGAAGCGUAUUUGUUUGAAAAACAUCCCGCCGGACUGCACCAAGCGGGAGAUAGCAGAAUUCGUUCGCAGCCGCUCGGGAGCUCAGCCGCAUAGCAUUGACUUGGGGCUUGACAGGGAGGGACGUAUCCGCCGCUAUGCGCAUUUUUCGGUCGAGGGAACGAAAAAUGUUAUUUCUGUGCUCUCCGGUGCCGUAUGGCGUGAAGUGGCGGUGACGGCGCUUCCUGCAAAACCGCACUACAUGUAUCGUCUAGCCGAGGCGCGACGAAAGCGUGAACGGCAGGAGGCGGAGGAGCGGGGAUGCGUGGAGGCCGCAUGGAAGGAACGUACGGCGCGGUGGAUGGAGAAGACGGGCGGUGAGCUGCGGAAUGAAAAGCCACCCAAGUCUUUCUACGCCACGAGGCAGCGCUACGCCGCGGUCGCAUCGGAGAUUGCAAGGAAGCAGCGCGAAGAGCAUCGGACAAAACGCGCCGCGUCGUUGAGCAGCGGAGGUUGUGGCAUGAGGAAACAUCGCCAUCAGAAGGAGGAAGAAGUGGCAGCAGAAGAAGAAGAGGCUCCAGAAAAGAGGCAUCCGCGGCAACGAGGAACGACCCGAAAUAAAUCAAAUCUGCACUACAAGCACUCGCGUGGGGAAGGGAACGUCCCGGUAAGGAGGGAAAAGAAACCGAAUACAGAGGCCCCUGUUGCAGCAACACAAAAAGAAAAGCAACAGCCCACCGGGCCCUCGAAAGAAGAGCGAAAACUUUCAGGACUGCAGGCGAAGUUGGCGGCCCUUCGUGCCAAAAUGAAGUAA